AUGAAGGUCUUUUCGUCAACGUGCAACUUCGAGUACUCCUGGGACGAGGUAUCCACGGCCAACUGGAGGAAGUACUGCCCAUGGAAUGACAAGGCCACUCAUGUCGUCGGCGUCGAUACCCUUUCUCGCACGAUCGAUCCCAAUACCGGCAUUCUGCGAACUGAACGCCUCAUCACUUGCAACCAAUCAGUCCCGUCUUGGGUCUCUUCGCUCUUUGGCGGCGACGCCGUCUCUCACGUCUACGAGAUCUCCUACGUCGACCCCCAGGCCAAGAAGGUCACCAUGUGCUCAACCAACCUGACCUGGUCCAAUGUCCUGAACGUCCGUGAAACUGUCGUGUACCAGCCAUCAUCCCUCGCACCCAACACCACAACGGAGUUCACACAGGAAGCCAAGAUCACCGCUCUCUGUGGUGGCUGGCAAAAGAUCAAGAAUAAGGUCGAGGAGGCAAGCGUGGAGCGAUUCCGCGAGAAUGCCAAGCGUGGCCGUGAAGGUUUCGAAACUGUGCUCGAAAUGAGCCGUCGCGUAUUCGGCGAACAACGCGACCUCGAGAACCAACGCCUGCAGUCUUGA